CGACAAGCCUCUCCCCAGCAUUCCGGUUGCUUAUGUAAUGAAUCCAGACAGUCCGGUCAAGAUCAGUCGCACCCUGAUCGAUGCUACAGUAGCAGGAACACCCACACAAGCAGAAUGGCCAAUAUUGCGACCGGAGAAUGAGCUAUCAGCGAGCACAAUAGCUUCAUUCGUCGGUGAUCCUAACUCUAGCGACAAUCCAUUUGACGGGGUGUUCGACCCUUCAGCACAAAAUCCCGAACAUGAUGGGGACGCUGUGAUAUCCGUCAGAGGGAACAGUCGAGAGGCUGAAGAGUCUGAGUAUAUUCAGGCACACAAUAGCAAGGCAUCGAAUAUCGGUACUGGUGCAUCGGCUUACAUAGAUGCCUUUCCAAACACUCAAGACGACGUACUUGGCAGUCAAGUCCCCCAUAAGCAAACACAUCAAGACCAAGCCGAGUCUGUGGGAGUCGCGACUUCCCGACAUUUAAGCAAGAGUGCCAUCCCUGUCCCAAAGAACCUACAUACAUGCCCGCGAUUAAGACGUGCUCAGCGUGGAUCGACUAAAUGGCCAUUGCUCGAUAUUGAAUCUCCUCCGAACACUCUGUCACCCUUGACGGGUCACCUUCAGAAUGAUUCCAAGGAUAUCAACCCACAAUGGCCAUGUUCAAGUGAAGAGGGUUGUUCACCAGUCUCUGAAUUUAAAUCUCUCGACCAGAGCUCAUCGUUACGCCAAGCUUUAGAUGUUUCACCCCUUUCAUCGAAGACAAGCGAAUCGUCCUCGACAGAGAAAUUACCUGACCCUGACGCAAGGUUUGGUUCUCGUGUCAAGCGUCUUUCUAAUCACUCGCUUAAGUCCGGAUUGGGUCCUGUGUUGACAAUUUCCGAUGAUGCAGAUGGUGUUCUUCUCGGCACCUCGAGCCCCAUUCCUGAUGUUCCUCCCUUGCCAAACGUAACGUCCCAGAAACCGCCUCAGGGGCGCUCGCUCAGUGCCCUUGCAGGAAGGAUUACCCGAGAGAGGAUCCCGAGUUCUUUCAGUAGCCGUUCGAGACGCUCUCGCUCCGGGACUCCUCAAUACUCUGAAUGUGGGACAGGUGGCUUCGGAUCCACAAGAAUUCUCCCUAUUAGGUCAAUGGAGCUGCCUAGAAAGAGCAGUGUAGCAAGCGACCCAAAGCCUUCUCCCUCCUCUGCCAGCAACCCCCAAGAUAUUAUGAAGACAACCCAGCGGUGUACACCUAACUUGCUUCAUAGCCGUGAGGAAUUUCCGCCACCGCAUAGUGGUGUAUCUUCCAAAUUGCAAAGUGCAGCUGAGGGUUUAGUCCCAAUCCAAAAGGCUCAAUUUUCUGUUCAGAACACAAGGAAGCCAACGAGGGGCACACAUCCAACCUCCGCUCCAGUUCCACUCAGGGAUAAAGGACGUAUAGCCAGUAACGGGGCCAACAAUAUAGAGGUGCCAAGACCAGUUCAGUUUCUUGGGGGGCAACCAUUUGAAACGAAGUGCUUCCGACGAGGCAAUAGCACCAGCAAUCCUCGCGUGGAUAGUCCUACUUCUUACGGUGAUUGUGCCUCUGGUGGAUCCAGAUCAUCGAUCCUUCUCCAAGCUGGUCGACCUUCCACGGAACCCCAUCAGUCUCGUCAAGCAAGAUCAACACCCGUUAUCAGCAUCAUGCCCAACCAACCAAACCCUGCAGCAGCGAGCCACCGUGUGCCAAUUCUUCGCGAUCAGACACAGAUGAAGGCACCAAAAUUCGAUUUCGUACCAUCUCCGGAGCCCAUCGUGAAUCCCGAUGGAGGAACAUCAAAGGUCAAGUUAAAGAAGAGUUUCCGUAACUUCUUCCAGAAGAAAGAAAAUAAGCAGAUAACGACCACCGCAGGAUUAAAGGAGCCCAAGAGAUUAUCGGUGACAAUGCAAGGAAGUGCACUAGCCAAGCGCUUCAGAUCAUCCGUAAAUUUGUCUAAGGCGACUGGGUCAAAGGAGUCUCAGCUACAGCUUCAAUCCGAUGCCGGAAAAGACCAGAGUCCAGUUCGAAAUGCAGAUAACCUAGUGGUAGGGUUACCAAAUUCGACCUCACCAACGGCAGAAGUGGUGUAUCCACUAUCUUCGAUACCCUCUUCAGAUAUCAUUGCUGAGAUUAUGAAUUACAUCAAUUCACUACCUCCAGAUUCGAUCGAUCGAUUGAAGGGACUUCAGAUCGCCCAGGUUUUAGUGCAAGCUAUUGAACAGGUCAAACAAGCCAAGAUUGCCGCUCAGAAGGCAAAAGAGUACGCAAGAGACGCCGCACUGCAUGCCAACACUGCAGAUAUAACUUUGAAGAUGGUCCAGUCUCUUGUCGGAUCCAAGGUUCCUCUUGAUACAGUAGAAGGUAUCGUGGAGCUGAUAAGUCACUCUGCAUCGUCCACAGCCACCCAAGCUCCUUUGUCAUGAAUGGUAUCACAAAUAGAGGUCGUAAUAUGGACGGAUGGCCUUCCUCUUCUUCUCCGCCUAUGCUCGUUGUUCUCGGAUCUUCUAAUGCGAUGAAGUAUGGUAAUCGGAUAAUUUGGGAGG